AGGAGGAGGGUGAGCUCACAGCUGGUGGGAGGGGUCUGGAAGCCAGCUCCAGAGCAAACAUUCUAGAGUCCUGCCAGGAGCCAGGGGCUGCUCAGAAGCUAACCCUGCUUCAUCUUCCUUGAAUCCUCACCUCUAGGCGAUCCCAAUCAUCUCCUCUUUAUAGAUGGAACAGAAGCCCAGAUGAUAUGGAACAACUUGUCCAGGGGUGCACACAGCUGGAAAAUGCCCAAGCAAAGCCUAAGCCAGCCACUGCCCCCUUUUGAAGGUGAAGACAGUGCAAUCUGUAACAGGCAUUCUGCCAGAAACAGAGGAAAAUAGAAGCCAAAGGAAGAGUGAGGACCACCCACCUGCAGGAACAGUUCACCCGAGGCCCAGGACACCCGGAGGACUUGGGCAUGGGGCUGCCGCCCUGCGUCCUCCUCCCAGGGUUGCUGCUGCUUCUGGGGCAAGGUACCAGCCAGGUCUGUGCCUCUCCUGAGGAGAACGCCUCAGAAAAGAAGCAGUGGCCAACGCAGAGGGCUUUGUCCUAUCGGAAAGGGCUGGUGAUACUGAAGAGUUUGCCAUUCUCAUGCAACCCAAAGAACUUAGGCUCCAAUGGCAGUUCUACAUCAGUCCACACUCUGAGACCUUCUGACAUUAAAUUUGUGGCAUCCAUCGGCAAUAUAGAAACUUUUCACAACUCAGAAGUUAGUGAUGUGGAGAAGCAAAACAGGACCGGCAAGAAGGUGUGCAUGGAAGUGGUGACAGUCCUUUCAGACAUCAUCCACCACUUCAACCCCAGUGUUCUGAAGCCCACAUGCACCCCUGGAAAGGAGAUAGCACCCCGCAGAGGGGCUGAGGGAUUGUUGGCUCAGGCGGAGGAGCUGGUGAGGAGCAUGAAAGAGAACCAGCAACUUGACUUCCAGAAUGACUGGAAGCUCAUCAACGUGUUCUUCAGCAACUCGAGCCAUUGCCACCUGUGUCUGUUCCCCCAGCAGCAAAGGUUCAUGCAGUAUGCCAUGAGCAAGCUGUCAGAGACCCUGGACUACUUGCACCAGGAGGUCCCCAAAGCCUAUGUGAACCUGAUAGAUUUCUCCAUGAUCCUAGAGUCCUCCUCUUCCUGGCUGGACGAUGCUGUAUCCAGCCAAGAAGCAGAGACCUGCAGGUGCACCGUGCAGGCCACCGCCCUGUAUGAGGCUGUCUCACAGUGGUCCUAUCAGGAAACCUGGGAGCAUACCCUGUUCUCCAGCAAGUACAACCAGCAGGACUCCUUCACCUUGGCUUACCAGCCCUUCUUCAGCAGUAAAAACUUGCCCUCUUCAUUGAAUAGACCUCCACCAUGGGAUCCCACCAGCCUGGCCUUGCACCUCUGGAAUAGCAUGAUGGAGCCUGCAGGACAUAAGGAUGAGCCAUUCAGUGCAAGGGAGGGGACACAGGUCAACUGUCCCCCUCAGGGGCAUCCCUACCUGUACACCUUCUGGAACAGUAACUAUCAUCCUCGACUGCAGACAGCCCCUAAGAUGCUUGAGCAAGUGCAAGGAGUGAAACUCCAGUGCCCAGAUAAGAACCCCUCCAGCACAAUUCCCACAUCAGUCCACAGGCUGAAGCCAGCUGACAUCAAGGUCAUCGCAGCUUUGGGCGACUCUCUCAUAGCAGCUAAUGGGGCUGGGGCUGGGCGCGGGAACCUCCUGGACGUCUUGGUUGAGUUUCGAGGCCUGUCGUGGAGUGCUGGAGGAGAUGAGAACCUAAGAACCCUGGUCACCCUGCCAAACAUCCUCCGGGAAUUCAACGCCAAGCUGAUAGGCUACUCUACGGGUACCGGAGACAAAAACAGUGCUGGGGCCCGCCUAAACCGGGCUGUGUCAGGAGCUAAAUCUGGGGAUGUGACAGCCCAGGCUAAGGAACUGGUGCAAAUGUUGCAGAAGGACAAGACCAUAAAUUUUAAAGAAGAUUGGAAAUUAGUAACCCUGUUUAUAGGAGGUAACGACCUCUGUAACUUCUGCGAAAACUCGGUAAUGCACAGACCCGAAAGUAUCACAGACAAUGUUCGGACUGUUCUGGACAUCUUGCAUGACCAGGUUCCCCGGCUGUUUGUGAACCUGGUGUCCAUGCUGGAGAUCAUCAACUUGAAGGAGCUCCACAGUAACUUAAGAGCUGGCUGCCCAGGUGUGAUCCUCAGGCAGGUGUGUCCCUGUCUCUUCAAGGCUCAGGAUGGUUCCCGAGAACUUGCCUCCCUCUCAGAUGCGAACAGAAGGUAUCAGAAGCUGAUCCGUAACCUGGUGAACAGUGGGCGGUACGACACCAGUGAUGACUUCACCGUGGUCCUGCAGACCUUCUUUGAAAGAGUGCGCUUGCCGAGGACGCCGGAGGGCUUGCCUGAUAUCUCCUUCUUCGCCCCUGACUGUUUCCACUUCAGCAGAAAGGCCCACGCCCAUUCAGCCAGUGCCCUCUGGAACAGCAUGCUGGCACCCAUUGGACAGAAGACCACACAGCUUGACUUUCAGAGCAACAUCACACUGGCAUGUCCAAGCCAGGACCGUCCAUUCCUGAGAACCUACAAGAACAGCCUGGGGAUGUAUGGGAGCUUUCUGCGAUGCAGGAACUCAGCUCCUUCUUCUGUUAAGCCCACCUCAGUGCAUUCCCUGAGACCUGGAGACAUCAACCUUGUGGCUGCUCUGGGAGAUUCUCUGACUGCUGGCAGUGGAAUUGGCACCAGACCAGGCAAUCUUCUUGGUAUGACCACACAGUUCCGGGGCCUGGUGUUUAGUGUCGGGGGAGAUGGCACCCUGGAAAAUGUUACCACCUUACCAAACAUCUUACGGAAGUUCAACGACGGUCUGAUAGGCUUUGCAGUGUGCAACGGUGACGUCACCAGCGUGGAUGCAUUCCUCGACUUGGCUGUCCCCAAAACACAGACUAAGGGUUUUUUGAAACAAGCCGAAGCUCUGGUGAAGAAGAUGAUAAACGACAGUAGAGUGAACAUCCAUGACCACUGGAAGAUCAUCACGGUGCUGAUUGGAAACAGCGAUUUCUGUGACUUCUGCACCAAUCAGAAAGAGUACACUGCAGAAAAGUUCCUGGAACAUGUCCGCAGCGGUUUGGACUACCUGCAAGCACAGGUGCCCAAGGCCUUAGUCAACCUCGUGGACUUCAUGAGUCCCGAUAUCAUGCGACAGGUGUUCAUAGGAAACCCAGAUUGCCCGACAGAGAAUGCCAGCACUUUGUGUAACUGUGUUCUGACCCCAAAGAGGAAUUCCUUGGGUUUAGCCGCAUUGGAGACUCUGAGCCGCAGCUACCAGCAUGGCCUGCGGGAGCUGGUGUACUCCGGACGCUACGACACUAAGGAUGACUUCACAGUGGUGCUACAGCCCUUCUUCGAAAACCUGGUCCUUCCCUUCAACUCGAAUGGGGACCCACUUAUCACCUACUUCACUGCAGACUGCCUCCUUCCCAGCCAGAGGCUCCACACUCAGCUUGCCAGAGGCCUGUGGGGAAAUAUGAUGGAGCCACUAGGGAAGAAAACCUCAUUCCUACAACUGGAACAGCAUCUGCGUCUCUCCUGCCCCAAUCCGGAUGUUCCCUACCUGAGAACCCACAAGAACAGCAACUACACAUACCCUGGCAUACCAACUGACAUGAACUGGGGUAUCAAAUUCAAAUGCAAAGAAGUGAAGCCUUCCGCAUAUGUUCCCACCUCAGUCCACAAGCUCCAACCAGCAGACUUGAAAGUGGUGGCUGCCAUGGGCGACUGGGUGACUACAGCAAUGGGAGUCAGUCCAACCAACGUCUCUAACUACAUCGCAUCCUGGAGGGGGCUUUCCUGGAGCAUCGGAGGGGAUAAAAACUUGCAGAAUCAGACCACGCUGCCCAACAUUCUGAGGAAGUUCAACAUUCACAUCCACGGCUCGUCCACCGGCACCUGGAAGGAGACAGCAGGGCUGAACGUCGCCACGGAGCAGGCCAGGUCUCGGGACCUAAUGGCUCAGGUGGAGGACCUGAUUGAGCAACUGGAAAACAUGACUGAAAUCAACCUUGCUGAGGACUGGAAGCUGAUCACCAUCUUCAUCGGGAUCAAUGACUUGUGUGAUUACUGUGACACUGGGGAUGAAAACGCAGCCAAUGUGUACUUAAAGAACAUCCAGCAGGCCCUGAACGCCCUCUCCUCAAAGAUUUCCAGGGUUUUUGUCAACGUGGUGCAGAUCAUGGAUAUAAGUGACCUGUAUCAGAACCAAAAUGGCCCAUGUCUCCAUCCCAUUCCAUCUCCGUUCACCUGUCCUUGCUUCAGGAGCUUCUCAGAAAUGGAAGACCUAAUAAAAAUGAACAAGAAGUUCCAGAGCGCCAUCCACAGCUUGACUGACAUGGAAGUGUACCACACCCGAGAGGACUUCACAGUCGUCGUGCAGCCAUUCUUGGAAAAGGCCGCCAUCCCCCGAGACAAGGAUGGGGCAAUGGACAGUACCUUCUUCUCCGAAGACUGCUUCCACUUAUCAGCACGCACUCAUGAUCAGAUGGCCAUGGCGCUCUGGAACAACAUGUGUGUAAGAGGCUGGAAGCCAGGUGCUGACGCACAGUGAGGUGUGCGCUCUACUAGUAAUCUACCUUCAGGGCCCCAGGUGGGAGGAGCUGGCAUCUGAACACACACAUGGAGCUCUGCAUGGUACUGGCUUCACCAGAGCCUCCUACCCCUGACUUUGUCAUCAUCAUCAUCACCAUCAUCAUCAUCAUCAUCAUUGUCAAAUACAAAGCAAAGCAAAGCAACAAAUAUCUGAAAUACUGGAUACUUUGUCCUGCUCUAUGAGACUAUAUAGGCUGGCGUUUCUAUCCAAAACUAUCUCAGAUAAAGAGCUAUGGAGCCUUCUUACUCCCAGAGGGACAGGAAGUAAGACAAGCCUACCUGAACUAUCAGCAAGGACUUCAUCUGCCUGCCUUCAUCUAGUCAUAAGGACCUAAAACUAAAAUCCAGAAACAGGAACCAACACCACACAGCUCGCUGGUGGCAGGGCAGUGAUUAGAACCGCAUGGAAUCACCUAGCAUCCCAGCCACAGCACCCUCCCAGUUCCACCAACCAGGGUCUGCAGGUCAUAACUGAUGGUUCCAGGACUUUCCUGCUUCAGCAGCCAAUGCGCUUUUUUUAAAA